ACAAAAAUCAACAAAAUAGAACUUUCUAUAAAAUUUAUCGAUUCAGUGAAUUCAUGACCGAAAUCCUUUUCUCCAACUGACCACUUAGCUCAUGUGGAUUUGAAGUGGAAAAUAAAAAGAUUUACAUUAAAUUAGCUUUGUGCCCGAUUUAUUGGUUCGUUUCACGAUUUAUCAUUAGGUAACUCAUAUUAUGUUUAAGUUUUUUUGGUUGUUGUUUGUUAGCUCCAAAGUUCGAAUUCAAUGUGUGGUCUAAGCCAUUUUACUUCAUUUAACUAAUUUAUAUUUUCGUAAUUCAUUUUCAAAAAUAUAUUUGUGGUCUCUCAACAUAUAUUGAUGAUAUUAUAACUAAAUUGUUUUUCGCUCAACUAAGUAGUCGAUAUUCAAUUAAUGAUUGUUUUAGUCUUUGAUUUGAACGAUACAUGCUUCUAAGUUAGACAUUCAAUUUCUAAUUGAUUAACAUUUGCUUGCGACUAAGUCUAUCAUAUACACAUGUUGAAAGUUCUACCACAUUUAUCAUACGCACACAGUUUCCUAACGAGAAAACUUAUGUUUGAAUUUAAAUUAUUUGCACCUUUGACUUCUAAAACAACGAAAAUUACACAGUUUACAAAGUUCGAACGAGGGGUGUUUGAUGUUUUUUAUAGCUAAGAAAACUAAGUUAAAUUACUUUAAUUCUAUUGAGAUUCAGUGAGAGCUCCAAAACUAAAAGCUACACUAUGAAAUUAUAGUCAUCAAGUGUAAUUGCUCGGAACCCAAAUACUCUGGCUGCGAGAGUGUUUAAAGCCAAAUACUUUCAAAAUAGAGAACCAUUGGAGGCUGAGGUGGCACGAAACCCUAGUUGGGUUUGGAGGGGGUUGAUGGCGGCGAAGCAGUCAAUUGAGGAGUUUGUUCGAGAAAGGAGAGAAUCUUACCUCGGAAGAAUGGUUCUGCGAACUCCAGGAAGUUGAAUCGGAGGAGACAUUAGGAGCUUUCCUCAUUGCAUUGUGGUUUAUCUAGGAUCAGCGAAACUGCCAACUUUGGAACAAGAAGAAGUUAGAGGAGUGGAAAAUCAUGCCCAGAGCAGCUGAAUGGCUAAACGAUUACCUAGAGAAGCAAAUUCGCCCUCAGAAUGUGGUAGGGGAAACAGAUCGAAGAUGGAGACCAGCGGAUCUUACUCCGGUGAAGAUAAAUGUCGACGCGGCAUGUUUUGAAGGUAGAGGAACGGGCUGGGGUGUAGUGGUUCGCGAUGAAGAAGGGCGAUGCCUGCUUGCAGGGGUGAAACGGUCGCGGAUCCACUGGGAGCCAGAUCUGGCGGAGGCGAAGGCGAUUGAGUAUGGAUUAGAAUUGGCGAGGAGGUUUAGUUGGUUGGAAGUGGAAAUGGAGUCAGACUGUUUGGGGGUGAUUCAUACGAUACGCAGGGAAGAAGAGGGACGAACGGAGCUGGGCUGCCUAUGUGCUACAUUACGGGCUCAGGCCCAAGAUUUGGUGAAAGUAAUUAGGAAUUUUACGGGCAGAGGAAAGAAUCAAGUGGCCCAUGCUAUGGCCCAGGUUGAAGGCAAUUGGGGUGAGAAAGACAUUUGGGUUGAUAACCCACCUAUUUUCAUUGUACCUCUUCUUAGAGAGGAUUUGUUUACGAACUCUGAUUCUACUUGAUCAAUAAAUUAAUAUAGGUUUC